AUGUGGGAUCAGUCUAUGGAAAUCAUGCAAAUUAAUGGAAAUGAUUUUUGCCUCCAAAUAGAAGCUAGAGGCCCUGGCCUUAGUGAUUGGUGUUGGUUGAUUUUUGUAUAUCUGAGUACUGACAGGGAUCAUAGAGAGCAGCAAUGGGAGUUCUUAUAUGACAGGAAGAGAACUUGGGGAUGUUGUUGGGCCAUAGCAGGGGAUUGGAAUGACAUAGUGAGUAAUGAGGAGAAAAGACGAGGUCUGCCUAGAUCUGAGCACAGUUUUUUUGCCUUUAGAGAAUGUGCAUCUGAUCACAAUGUCCUCCUAUUUGAUACUGAGGUGGAGAUAGUAACAGCUAGAAAAAGAUUCAUGUUUGACAGUAAUUGGAUUAAACUAGAAGGUAUAAGUGAAGCUGUAGAAAAAGGAUGGCUGGGGGAUAUUGAAGGCUCAGAGAUGUUCAAGGUGCACCAGAGG